AUGGCACUGAUGGGUUUGGGAAAGUUUGGGCUGGCGCUACAGCAGCUGAGAUCCGUGGCGGCGUGCUCCUGGAAAGCGGCACUCCUGGUCCGACAGCAACAGCUCCCCGGGGCCUGUCUGAGUAGACAGCUGGCUGCCAAAAGCAGCAAAGGCAAAAGCCAGAAACACGCUUCAGCAAAAAUAAGCAUCAACGCUUCUUUAGUUGAAGAAAUUAUCGAUCUGAAAGAUGUGGAGUGCGACAUGAGAACCGUUCUGGACAACCUGAAAGAAGACUUUACCAAAAACCUGAAUAUCAGAACCUCUCCGGGUGCUUUUGAUCAUAUUGUUGUCACAACAAAAGAUGGCAGAUUCCCAAUAAGUCAUCUGGGACAGAUCACCGUGAAGUCUCCUCGACUUUUCCAUAUCAACAUGUCAAGCUUUCCUGAGGUGAGUUACAUGGGUACGAUAAGCCUCAUCAAGUUGUGUGAUUUUUGA